AUGGCCUUGAAGUCGCCCAGCAUGGCCGCCUUGCGGCGCAAUAGUGCGAGUGUCAGAGGCCGUGGAACGUCUCGCUUCUUCUCUGUGUCGAUGGCAUGCAGACAGAUCCUUGAUGUCUCAACACUCCCCGACCGCACCGUCCCUCACUACCAGCAAACGAAAACAUCGUCGCUGCUCUCUCUUCACUGGCCGCAACCGCCGCGCAACAUCUUGCUCAUGCCAAAGCUGCACGCGCCCAUUGUCACUGCUAAGGCCGUUGAGUUCGCCAAGCACAUUCACAGCAACUAUCCCGGCCUAAACCUCGUCUUUGAGAGCCAUGUUGCCAAGGACAUCCACGAGACGCUGCCAUUCCCCGUCUAUACGACCGCUCCGGUGGAUGCCACCACACAGUUCGCCAAAAAGAUCGAUCUCGUCACGACCAUGGGCGGCGACGGCACCAUCCUACGCGCCGCGAGCCUGUUUUCCAUGCAUGAGAGCGUCCCCCCGAUCCUGUCCUUUAGCAUGGGCACCCUAGGCUUUCUGGGAGAGUGGAAGUUUGGCGAAUACAAGCGUGCAUGGAGGGAGUGCUACAUGAGCGGUUGCUCCGUUACCAUAGAAGACCUGGUGGACCCCCAUACCCGGGCAGCUCUAUCCCCUCCUGACCGGCUGGAUUACACCCCGGUCCCCAGCGCAUGGGACGGCGUCCGCGGCAACGGGCAAUGCAUGGGCCCGAGCCGGACCUCCAAGAUCCUGCUGCGCAACAGACUGCGUGUGGGCAUCUACGACAGCGAAGGCCGAAACAUCAACCAACACCUCCUCCCAACCUCAACCGCCGAGCCGGACCUCGGCACGCCCGCCGACCUCAGCUACCACCCGCCUCUCUUUCCCCCCACCGGCCGCUCCCCGCCUUAUCUCCACGCCAUCAACGAAGUAUCAAUCGACCGCGGCUCGCACCCGCAUCUGGCCAUAAUCGACAUCUACGUCAACUCACACUUUCUGACCGAGGCCGUGGCCGACGGGAUCCUGGUCAGCACACCAACGGGCUCAACAGCAUACUCACUCAGCGCGGGGGGGUCCAUCGUGCACCCGCUCGUGAAAUCGCUGCUCAUCACGCCCAUCAGCCCGCGCAGCCUGAGCUUCCGGCCCUUGGUGCUGCCGCUGCACACCAAGGUGGUGCUCAAGCUGAGCAAGCGCAACCGCGGCCGCGAGCUGCCCGUCAGCAUCGACGGGAAACGCCGCGCUGGUGUGUCUAUCGGCAUGGAGGUCCGCGUCGAGGGUGAGAAGCUGGAGAGGACCCCCGACGGCUGGAGGGGCGGCGUGCCGUGUGUUAUCCGCGCGUCGUCUAGGGCCGGCGGCGGCCCCGAGGGGUUUGCUGAGGAUGAUGACUCUUGGGUUGGUGGGUUGAAUGGGUUGUUGAAGUUCAAUUACCCGUUUGGGGAGCCGGGGGAGAUGCAUUAG